AUGGUGGACCCCAACUUUACCGUUUAUAUCAGGCUCCCUAUCCCCAGAGGUGACUUUGUGGAUCCGCCUCCUAUUGAUUGGGAUUCCUCUAAAGAUGACACGCUGUGGAGCAUUGUGUCAGGUGCUGCCAAAACCGAGAUAGACUCUUUACGUUUCGCUGUCACCGUCCCGUUCCUCCUCCAACAAGCCGCAUACCUCACCGAGCGCCAUGCGUCGCAAGUUCGAGCCCAGGUUCGUAAGGCCACUGCAGCGGCUAAAGGGUCUGCGGCGCCCUCGCCUGUUCCAAUGUCCGAACAUCCGACACAACACGCCCGCGCGAUCUCCGCUCUUUCCCUCCGCCGCGAUUCCCGAAUUGACGGAAGCGGUGUCGGCACCCCCGUCCCUUCCGCUCUUCGGCCCAACGUCUCCCGCAACCCCUCUGCCAAUACUGCCGUCCACGUUAGCGUAAACGCGGGAAACGGGACAGGGGGGAGUAUCUCAUCACCACGCACCAAGCCCCCGCCGCCGCCGUCGCUGCAGCAACUGCAGCUUCCACAACAAAAGCAGCGCCAUCGGCUCGCCUCCCUACCUGUCGAGAGCCCACAAAGCCCAGGGCCGGCGUCGCCGUCUCCGGACGACUCUAGCUCCUUCGAUUCGUCUGAAGACUCCGAGAGUCCGCCCGCGCAAUCCCGCAUCAUCCGCCGUCCGCCACGCUUCCAACCCGCACACCGAAACGAAGGAGGACCCCGCGACUUUGGGGAUGACGACGACGACGACGAGACGGAUGCAGAGCCCGCGUUUGCCGCACAGCCUACCACCGGGACAUCCAACAGCUCAGUGCAGGACUUGGCGUCCACAAUCCGCGGCGACCCCGCCACAUCCAGGCGCCCCGAUAAGGGCAAGGGCAAAGGAAAAGAAAAAGAGAAAGAGAAAGAAAAGGCCAUGCAACAACAACCAGAGACAUCCGACUCGUCGGCCACCAGUUCGCCUGCUCUACCAUCGCGUGGUGGGCCUGGUGGAGGAUCCCAGAGGCGGGCCCAGGGACAAGCGCCACUCUCCCCUCGGCGGACCAUGGAAUUGGCGGCUGGCAUGAAAAGUCCUUCGCGAAGGGAAGGAAGUGACGGCACUCCAAGUAUGGGCAGCAGUUUUAGUGACCUGGACGAUGCUUCGAUAACGCAGUCCGCUCUCGAGGAGGCUAUAGCAAGCAAGAUGCAGGAUGGUGCUAUGGGCAGCAGAUUCAGCAUUACGCAGGCCUUUAGGAGCCGCUACACCACCAAGGGAGGCGGGAAUCAGCGUUGA